AUGCUUGAGGAAUAUGAAGCCCUCAUCAGAAAUAAUACAUGGUCCCUCACACCUCUGCCCCAGGAUCGCAAGGUAAUUGGCAGCAAAUGGGUGUUCAAACUCAAACAAACUCCAUCUGGUGAGAUUGCUCGUUACAAGGCUCGUCUGGUUGCUCAAGGUUUCAACCAAGACUAUAGCAUCGAUUACUUUGAGACCUUCAGUCCAGUUGUCAAGCCUACUACCAUUCUACUUGUUCUGUCAAUUGCUCUGUCUCAGAACUGGAUCAUUAGGCAACUUGACGUACACAAUGCCUUCCUCAAUGAUGACUUAUCUGAGGAAUCCAAGUACAUCCACAGUCUUCUUGAACAUAUACAACUUACUGACUGCAAGCUAAUUCACUCUUCAAUGGCUGUUGGCAUCUCGCUGUCCCUCACCGAUGGUCAAUCACUGGAUAACCCCUCUGAAUACAGAAGCCUAGUUGGUGCUCUCCAAUUGUACACUGACCAGACCAGACAUCAGCUUCAGUGUCAAUAG